AUGACUUCGCGUCCCGUGAAGAGGCCCCGGCUGGCGCUCAGCUGCCUUGUAUGCAGUCGCCGGAAGGUGCGCUGUGGACGAGAACAACCACAUUGCAGCAAUUGCCACCGCCUGGGGGAAACAUGCGUAUAUAACACAGGCACACGGGAUCCGGGUACAGGUCGAGUCUUGCGAGCAGGAGAGCUCGAAGAAGGAAACAGUGGCGAGUCAUCAAUAUCAAAUUUGCCGGAGUUCCGAGACAAUCCUCAACCCAAGGCACCGUCAGAGCAGGAAAGCUCACCCGACACUGUUGUCCUUCCCUCAAACUACCUCAGUACGCAGCAUGAUUCUCAGCUGCGUUAUGUUGGGAAAUCCUUUUGGGGGUUUGUGAACGGCCAAGAACAUCUUAAUGACUCUUUCUUUUUUGAGAAUGACUACCCAGCCGACAUACCGCCACCCCAUGUCUCGGUAACUUCACUUGUACAAUGUCUACAUCUCCUCCCUACCAAGCUUGCAUCUAAUGCCUUGGUUCAAGCGUUCAUCUUUGGCGUUUACCCAAUAUUUCCUCUGAUUAGCCUUCAAAUUUUUCAAUCCGAGUGUGAAUCAUUCUGGAGAUGCUUUGAUGCAGAUGGGCUGAUGGCUCCGCCUUCAAGCCUGGUCCAAGAUCCUACGUUCACCUGUCUUCAUUUCGCAGUCCUAUUUGCAGGCGCAUCGGUGGCCACCGAGUCAGCAUGCAAUGUUCCCGAAUUGAAGAAUCAUGAGAGGAAAGGCAUGAUGGAUCUGCUUGAAAAGGCCUGUCAUGACAGUCUUACGGCAUGCAAGUAUACUGAACAUCCGACACUCAAUACACUUGCUGCAUCCUUGUUAGUCCAUCACUUUACUAAGCAUGAGCCGCUUGGGGAUGCAAUUUUCAUUGCGGCAACCGUCCGCCUGGCUCAAAGUAUGGGGCUCCACCGAGAAGUUGAGCAUGAAGUAAAGAAUCCGUUAAUCCGCGAAUAUCGACGCCGCAUUUGGUGGCAUAUUGUCUGGUUCGAUGUUCAAACGAGUCUGUCUACGGGCUUGCCUACAUGCUGUGGCAAUAAUCUUGAAGGAACGCCAAUGAUCGACCAAUUCAUUCUCAAAAUACAGGAAACCUCCCAGUUUGCAGAGCGUCAAUCUGAAACUAUGAAAUUAGCCGUUGGUCGGUAUGAAAUCGCACGACUACAAAAUCGCAUUAUCCACCAGUUACAAGACUCCCGGCAGGUCUCGGAAAACACGAUCACUGAACUCGUCUUUGCGACUGUAGAGCUACAACGACUUAUCAACGAUCAAAUUCCCCAGCUCCUUGAUAUGGGCAGCUCCGUUGAUAUGACAUUUCAAAAUACGCAUCGCGAACGCUUUGAUGAUAUGAAGAAUGCAACGCCCCAGUCCAAUCCGGAAUAUUAUGAUGACCAUAUGGAGAACAAUGUGAUUGCUUGGUGGGCCGACAUGACACUCGCUUUGCUCAGAUCCGAGGCGAUUCUCACAUUACAGAAACCUCUUCUCAGUCCCCCCAACUCUCAAAGCCCAUCUUCUCAAGCCUCAUGGCACAGUAUGGCGCAAUUAUGUCUCAACUACCUCCAACUCUUUUCACUUAUCCAGGAAGUACCUGCGUGGGAACCAUGGGCCUGGUUUGGCUCAACCUAUUAUUGCCCAGAACAAUGUGCCCUCCUGAUACUAGUCUACCUCAAACACCAUUUGUAUCCUGAAAAUGAGCAAGAGAUGGUGACGUGUGUGAACAACUUCUUGACCCAUCGCUCUCAAACCCGCCCGCGGUGGACGGGACAAGACACAUUAUCCAUGAAAACCCUGAGUCGUCUCUGGGAGCAGGUGGAUGUCUUUUCGGAUAAUCAAAGGAGUACUCAAUCUAAUGACCUUUCUAGCACGCCUUCCUAUGUCGGACCAGGCUGCGAUGUGAUUUCACGCAUUGCUACAGGGCAGCAGGAUGACAGAACUGAAGAAUCUACAUUUCAAGCGAACUUGAAGGGAUCCUCACCUUUGGGAUCUGAUGGUACUCUAGAGUACAUUUUCCAGAGAUGGUUUCGUACUUGA